AUGAACAAAUCCUCCUGUCCUCGUGUCAACUUUGACUUUACAGGCAGAUUUCUGCCUCCCGUUUACAUCAUAGUCUUCAUCGUUGGUCUGGUAGCUAACGGAUGGGGACUGAAGUCUUUGCUACAGAAAUGGAAGAAACUGGGUAACAUCAAUGUUUUUGUUCUUAACCUUGGACUUGCUGAUAUUUUGUACCUGCUCACUCUCCCGUUUUUGGUGGUGUACCACUUUAUGAAGAGUAAAUGGAUCUUUGGAGACGCAUUCUGCAAGAUAACAAGAUUCUGCUUCAACCUGAAUCUAUAUGGCAGCAUCGGGUUCCUUACUUGUAUAAGUGUGUACAGGUACCUGGCCAUUGUCCAUCCAAUGAGAGUGAUGGGAAGAAUAACUGUCACCCACUCUGUGGUGAUCUCAGUCAUGGUUUGGCUGUUGGUGAGUGUUCAGAGUCUCCCAGACGUGUUCUACACCAAAACAUAUGGAAACAAGCCUGGGAAAUGUUAUGAAACCACCCAUAAGCGCUAUGUUGAGAGUUACCUGAAAUACAGCCUUGGAUGGACACUCACUGGGUUUUGUAUCCCAUUCCUCAUCACACUGGGCUGCUAUGGACAUGUGAUUGUUGUUCUCUGCCGCACAAAUACCACUCACAAGGUACUGAAACAGAGAAGUCUGAAGUUGUUGUUCAUCUUGAUUCUUCUCUUCUCUGUUUGUUACAUCCCCUAUCAUGUUUUAAAGAACCUCAACCUCUGGUCAAGAGUUCUGUCCAAACAGAAAAUAUGUGCUGAAUGGUCCAAUGGAGUCUACAUCGCUCAUCAGAUAAGCCGCGGCCUUGUGUGUCUGAACGGUGCUCUCAACCCUCUGGUUUACCUCCAUGGUAAUGAGAAUUUUCUUGCUAGUACUAGACAGCUGCUCCAGCAAGCUCAUCAGACGUUCAGUCGUGUGUUUUUUUCAAACUCCGGCAGUGUGCCUGUGCCACAAACUGCAGAUGAAGCUGAACACGAGUUAUGAUUUCAACCUAAACUAUCAAAUGACAAAUAGCUCAAACAGCAUGCAGCUGUCCAUCACAGCUGAUGGAGUGAAUUAACUGCUGUGUGAUUGAAACUGUCAGUCAUUUUCUCACACGUUGCUUUCUUUGCCUGAAGAACAAGUUUUCUGUACAGUUACUUUUUAUCUUUUUGUAAGUCAUAAUGUGGUUAACACAUGCUGAUAAAUGUUGCAAA